GGGAAUAAGGCACGCACAGAGGGAGAGAGAGGGAGAGGCUGUUUAAAAUUAGAAAGAGUGAAAGGAAUCAUUUUUAACUUUACAAAAGGGCUCGUGUCUUAUAGGGGCCGGGGCAGAGAAAUCCAUCCAAACAUAUUCGCUUAGUCUGAGUGGAGUUACCUUUCCACACCUGGGAGAGACGGAGAAGGGACAGUGAGACAGUGAGACAGAAGGGAGAGAGUGAGAGUGUGAGAGAAACUUUCUGCCGCUACCGCUGGUGUAAACUGAAACAGCCCCAGGUUACGGGAUUGAAUGUGUUAUCAGCGCGGCCGAUAUCAGCUAAAGAUUAGUACAGUACACGCAUUGUCCUGACGAGAUCUGCAUUGCAUUGCACCGGUCACUCAGCAACUGCGCGUCUCACGCACUUCCAGUCCGGACCAACAACAUGCCGUCCUGUGGGUGGUUCCAUCGUGAUCUCAGUGGGGUUGAUGCUGAGGCACUGCUGAAAUCCCGCGGAAUUCACGGCAGCUUCCUGUGCCGCCCAAGCCGCAAGAACCAGGGAGACUUCUCCCUGUCUGUCAGGGUGGGUGAGCUGGUGACUCACAUUCGGAUCCAGAACACAGGGGAUUUCUAUGACCUGUAUGGAGGGGAGAAGUUUGCCACUCUGUCGGAGCUCGUGGAGUAUUACACCACGGAGCAUGGGACCCUGCAGGACCGGGACGGGACCCUCAUUGAGCUGCGCUACCCCUUGAACUGCUCCGAGCCCACCUCCGAGAGGUGGUACCAUGGGCACCUGUCUGGCCAGGCUGCUGAGAAGCUGCUGUGGCAGAAGGGGGAGGAGGGCACCUUCCUGGUGAGGGAGAGUCUGAGCAAGCCUGGGGACUUUGUGCUGUCAAUCCUGACCGGAGAGAGCAAGGAGGUGAAUGGAGAGCAGAGGAACAGAGUCUCACACGUCAAAAUCAUGUGCCAGGACGGUCGCUACACUGUCGGAGGUGCUGAGCAGUUUGAGAACCUCACUGACCUGGUGGAGCACUUCAAGCAGAGUGGGAUCGAGGAGGUGUCUGGAACCAGGGUCUACCUGAAACAGCCCUACUACUCAACUCGUAUCAACGCUGCGGACAUCGACAGCCGCGUUCAGGUCCUGACGAAAACGAAUGAUACCAAUGAGGCGAGCAAGAGCAAGGCGGGAUUCUGGGAGGAGUUUGACGCUCUUCAGAAGCAAGAAGCCAAACUGAAGAAGAGCCGCAACGAGGGGAUGAGACCAGAGAAUAAGAGCAAAAACCGCUACAAGAACAUCCUGCCCUUUGAUGAGACCCGAGUUAUCUUGCAGUCAGGUGAUCCCAAUGUCGUCGGCUCUGAUUACAUCAAUGCAAACUACAUCUCGAAUAUGCUGAUGGAGUCAUGUGACAGGAAGAAGUUCAUUGCCUCACAGGGCUGCCUUGCCACCACGGUCAACGACUUCUGGGAGAUGGUGUGGCAGGAGAGGUCAUGUGUCAUCGUCAUGACUACCAGAGAGGUGGAGAAGGGAAGGAAUAAGUGUGUUCGUUACUGGCCGGAGCCGGAGGAGAUGAAGGAGUUCGGGUCGUACCAAGUGAGACACGUGAGCGAGCACGAUGCAGUGGACUACACCCUGAGAGUGCUGGAGAUCAGUCCACUGAACCAGAGUGAUGACCUGCGUGAGAUCUGGCACUACCAGUACCUGAGCUGGCCGGAUCACGGGGUCCCUGCAGAGCCCGGGGGGGUGCUCAGCUUCCUGGAGCAGGUGAACAGCAAGCAGAGUGAGCUGAGGAGUGCCGGGCCCAUCGUAGUGCACUGCAGUGCUGGAAUAGGACGAACCGGAACCAUUAUAGUGAUUGACAUGGUGAUCAAUACCAUCAAUACAAAAGGGCUGGACUGCGACAUCGAUAUUCAGAAGUCCAUCCAGAUGGUGCGUGAGCAGCGCUCGGGGCUGGUGCAGACGGAGGCGCAGUACAAGUUCAUCUACAUGGCCGUCUCCCAGUACAUCGAGACCACCAAGAGGAAGCUGGACGAGAUGAAGAAAACAGAGACGGAGUAUGGAAACCUGCACUUCCCCAUGGCCCAGCACAGCAAAGCCAGCCGCAAAUUAUCCAAGAAUAAGGAGGAGGUGUAUGAGAACCUGGGAUCGAAGGGAGGGAAGAAGGAGGACAAGGUGAAGAAACAAAAAUCUGAGGAGAAAGACAAAGCCAAGUCUGGGAAGAGUGGCUCUGUGCGCAAGAGAUAAGGUGCUGCUGAAUUGAUGUGAUCGCUUUGCCAUCGUGAAAUGGAAGAGAGGGGAGAGGGUGUACAAGCCAGAUACACACAGACAAACAGGCACACACACACAGACACACCCACACACACAGGCACUCACAGACAGAGACACAGACACACACUUCCACACUCACACACACAGACACACACACACACACAUACACACACACAGACACACACACUUACACACACACUCACGCACACACAGGCGCUCACGCACACACAGACACACACACACACACACUCACACACACACACACACACUAAAGCACACACAGGCACACACACACUAAAGCACACACAGGCACACACAGACACACACACACACUCACACACACACAGACACACACACACACUCACACACACACAGACUCAGAGACGCAGAUGGAGCAUUUACACAUUGAUUAUGCACAUUAACUUCCCACUAUCCUCUCUGUUUAAAGGUGCACAGUCCCAAACCGUUUUUCUUUCUAUUUCCAAGGGCUGUGUUAAAUGGCUGCUUCUGUAAGAUGAGUGCACAGCGAAGACUCUGAGAAAGACUUCCUGUCAAAACGCUUGCCCAUGAAUUUGUUACAUUUCUUUUAUUUUUGCUGAGUAUAAAAACAUCAAACAUGUAAACAAAGAAAAAUAUCUAUUUGAAAGGGGUGCAAAGAUGAUGUUGCGAGUGAUGUGCAAGAUCAGGGAUGUAGAGAAGCUGGCCCUGCUUAAAAAUACUGUGUGUACAUUUUUCAAUGGAUUUUCCAUACAAUUCAUUAAAAGCAAUGUUGGAGUGUAUUUCUGAAGUAAUCAAAACAAAUCUUUUUGUAAUUUAUAAUUAAAACAUUUUCACAUCAAA